AUGGCGGCGGCGCGGCGUCUUGACCUGGCCGAGCGAUGGCGCGGGAUCCAGGAGGAUGAGGACGCCGAUGACGGCGGCGAGUCGUCCGCCGCCAAGCACCGCCGACUCAUCCGCGCCAAGGAGGAGUGGUUUUCACAUUGCUAUACCUUUCUGAUAAAUUUACCAAAACAAGAUCAUAUUUGGUGUGGAUAUGCUGAUAUCAUGAGCCCCUUCUUGGAGACAUUCCAUGGCUUCUUUGACGAUGAAGAUGAGAACUCAUCUCUUCGAAUAAUAUGGAGAAGAGUUUCCCGAGAAAUGGGCAUUUGCACACAAUGUGUAUGUGAACACCACCAGGCACAAGGAUUUUUCGAUACCGAAUAUCAGUCAGAUACUGUUGAUCCCCUUCUGAAAGUAUUGCGGCUUCUUGAUGAAGAGAGGGUAACAGGACAUCUUAUACAGAUCAACACAAAGAUUCAGCUCAAGGAAUAUGACCCUUCAUGCCAUGGUGCAGAAGUUGUUAGCAUAAUGUUCGAAGUUUUGAUGUAUCCUGUUCUAUUGGAUGACCAAUCAUUGGCUAAUCAAUUUCAGAUGUUCAUUGAAAAAAUUGAUGAGACAUACGAAGUGAGGCUUUCAACUAAUCAGCAAUACCCUGGUGUCUAUGCCCUACUUUUCUUCAAAAGUUGUAAAGCUCGGGCUAUUGGGCUUCGAUUAGCUCGAUCCAUGGGAAAACUGAGGAGAGCAGUUGACUUGGAGCCAUUGCAACCCUUAUUACAGAAGUAUAUUACCUUUUUGGAAGCGGAAGUUCUUCCAUCUACUUCAGAACAUUUGAGACCUAGGGUGCAGCUCAAAAGAGCCGACAUAUGGCUUGGAUUUAAAUCACUCCUUGGAUUUCUUGAGGCUCCAGCUUUUGAAGAUGGAGUUCUGGAAAAGUACCCAUUCCUGAAUAUUGUACUUAACCAUGUCAGUGAUGACACAUCUGAUUUGUCGUGUGCUGUAAGUUGCCUCAAGGCUUCAUUUGAAAUGCUUGGUUGCAAGCUUUGGCUGAGAACAACACUAUCACCUAGUGUUAUGCGGAACACAUUAUUGGGUCACUGUUUUCAUACGCGCAAUGAGAAAAGUCACAAAGAAAUUUUUGAUCUUUUCCUCCCAUUUCUUCAGUCACUUGAAGCGCUACAAGACGGUGAACAUGAAAAGCAAAGGAGGAACAUUUUGUAUUUUCUUCUUCAUCAAGUUACCCGGAGUAAUAAUUUCAGUGCUCUGAUGAGAAAAACUGCAACUAAGAUUGCACUUCUUAUUGUACAAAGAGGCUACACAAUGAGCCCUCCAUGCCCACCUUCAGAAUGCGCCCAUAUGUGGGGCCCAUCUUUGAUCAGUUCGAUAGAGGAUACAUCCUUACAUGAUUCAUUGCGACAACCUGCACUUGUUCUCAUCUAUAUUAUCAUAAUUUCUGAUGCUUCUGCCUUGAUUUACUAUAAAUUGAAGUAUGGAGCUGUUCAAAAGGUCAAUGUAAGCAAUUCUGUCAUGUUUGCUGAUGACGAUGAUGAAUUACCUUUCUCGCAUGAUGCUGAAGAGAAGUCUCAAAGUUGUUGGAAUGACUUCAAUGUUCUGAACAAGUUGGCAAGUCGGGAAUGCAAGGAUUGGAAAUGCGUGCCUUUGUUGUGGUAUCUUACAAUGGUUCAGUUGGAACCCUCUAAGCUACCCAUAGCAUUUUCAAAAGCAGUCCUUUGGGGGUUAUCUCAUAUUUCUAUUUUAGAGCCUGGAUUAGCUACAGAGUGGUCAGUGCCUGUGAAUGCUUGGUUAUCAUCACAUGCUGGAGAAGUUUCCUCAACAUUUACAUGGCAAGUUCCAAAUGGUGCUGAUGAUGGUGGUGGUGGGAAGGAUUGUAUUAAUGCUGUCAAGGUGUCACAGUUUUGCACUCUCUUACUGAGAAUAUUUAAAAGGUUAGCCAUUCAUGUCAUGACACAAAUUGAACAACGUGGGCUCCAAAAGCAGUGGACUUGGGAACCAAUGAUGGGAGAAAGUUUGAUAUUGGCGCUAGUCGAUAAUAAUGAUGACGUGCGUCAAGUUGGGAGAGCUAUCUUGGAACAUGUAUCCCAAGCACGGGGUUUGACUUCUGGGCUUCAAUUUCUGUGCUCGAGUGCAUUUUCACUCACUGCUGUUUUUCUGGGUCUAAGAUAUGUAGUGCAACUGGUGGGAACAAGAUCAGUUUUGGCAGAUUUUCAUACUUUUCAUCACUUGUUUUUUGUCAUAUGCAAACUACUUAAGGAGGUUGUCGUUCAAAGACCUCAAAUUGCACAGCCAGCAAAACCUUCAGAAGGGGGUUUCUUGCGGCAACCCUAUUCAAGUAUCCUAGCAAGUCCACCAGAACAUGCUGUGGAUAUUACUAACUGGGACAAGUUCUGCACUUUGCUUUCUGCAACUCUCUGGCCUUUUAUGUCCACAUGCCUAAGAGAAGGAAAGGAACUAAUAGGUCUCAAACAGUGUCAGAUAUCUUGUGUUCGUUUGCUUGAGUUGCUUCCUCUGGUCUAUGAGAGGGUCAACACAAAUUGCCGUACUCAAACUUGCAGUACGAUGACAGUGUUUCAGGAUCCUAUGGAUAUUUCAUGGUUUAUUCACUUGGUUCACUGGGGAAAAUCAUCUCUCCUUGUGAUUAUCAGACAUUGGAAACAGUGCAUGCUCUCUUUAUUGAAAGAACUAAAAUGUUCACAUAGCGGUACCAUUCAAUGCUACAUUGAAGAUCUUGACAAUAUCAUUUCACAUGAUGCAGUCAAUAUCAAGGAACUUGAAGAGAGAGUUUCAAAUCUUAAACUUGUACUGUCCAAGGAGGCUACCACAAAAAUUGAAAGGGGAGGGUUAACUGACUUACCAAUGUUCAAAGAACCAAUUGUUAGUGUUCCCUCUCCAGUUCAGGAGAGACAUUCUGGCAUGGACAGUUUUGUGGAUGUUGAAAGCACAAAGUCCUCCCAUUCACCAGAUGUUCAUGAAAUAAUUCUUCUUUCAGACAGUGAGGAUAAUUUACUGGCACCUGAUGUGUCCACUGAGGAGGUUCUGUCAUCAGUUAUGGAGAAUGAUGCAUCCACUGCUUCCAAUAUGUUGAAAGAAGCUACACCUCUUGAACAAAGAAUGCUGAACGACGAUAGACACGUACCUUUAGAACCGCAGAUAUGUCAUCCUGUUAGUAAUAUUAGUGCCUCUUCUAAACCUGUGUCAACAGAUAGUAGGGACAACAUUGCUGCCACAAAAGGAUUACUUGGAAUGAAAAAACCGAGGCUGCCAAUGAACACAAAUAAUAAUUCCACUUCACCCAAAGUGGUUAAAUCAUCUAUUGCUGGCGCUUCUCAACAACUGCGUCCUAAAUUGUUGUCAGAUACAGAAAAAUUUAAAUCCAUCUUCAGGGAUCUAUCUGAUGAUGAAGAUGAUCCUUUAGACCAUGCACUUGAUAGUUACCGAAGGCCCCAGAUUCUUUCAAGAAAGCCUAGUAUAUUAGUUCCUAAGAGACAAGUUGUUCAGCUUCCAGUGCCUGUUGGAAGAAAACCAGGUUCUGGCAGUAGGGUUACAAGUACUCGACGACUUCAACCACCUAAACUGGGUAGCUGGUUUAGAAACAUAUUGGAAAUGGACUACUUCGCUGUUGUUGGGUUAUCUUCUUCUGAGAUAGUAAAAAAACCCGCUUUAAAAGAAGUUCCGGUAUGUUUUGAUUCACCAGCUCAAUAUGUUGAGAUUUUCCAGCCAUUAGUUCUAGAAGAGUUCAAGGCUCAGUUGCAAAAUGCUUAUGUUGAGACCCCUCCUGAUGACAUGAUGUGUGGAAAUAUAUCUAUCCUCUCAGUUGAAAGAGUUGAUGAUUUCCUUAUUGUCCGUGCCCGCCCUGAGCAUAGCCAUUCAAUCAAAUUCAGAGGUUGCUCAGAGAAUGAUUUAGUACUACUCACCAAAGAUCCACUGAAGAACCAAGGACAGCAAGUCCAUGUGCUUGGGAAGGUGGAGUGGCGUGAGAGUGAUAAAAAUAAGGUAUUGAUUUUUGUGAUGAAGUUCUUUCUUUCUAGUGACGAUGCACGUCUAAAUAAAGUGAAACGGCUUCUUGUUGAAAGAAGUAAGUGGUUCUUGAAUCGGGUUAUGAGCAUGACCCCCCAAAUUCGUGAAUUCAGUGCCCUGUCGUCGUUACAUGAUAUCCCAGUGCUUCCGGCAAUCUUGAAUCCUGUUUCUUGCGCUGCAAGCCAUCACAAAUCUGGAAAAGUGUAUCUUGAUCGACUUGCACACCCUCUGAGGAAAACAUUAGAGUCAUCAUACAAUGACAGCCAGCUCCAAGCUGUAAACAUUGCCAUUGGACCAACAAGCUCUAAAGCAAAUUUUGAUCUGUCCCUUAUUCAGGGCCCUCCAGGUACAGGUAAAACAAGAACAAUCGUAGCAAUUGUAAGUGCAUUGCUAUCUUUACAUGCAGAUGACCCUUACAAGUCACAGAGAAAUGAGAACGUGGGUAGUACUGAUUUUACCAAGCCAAGAGCAAAGAUUAGCCAAUCUACUGCAGUAACUAGAGCUUGGCAGGAUGCAGCCCUUGCUAAACAACUUGAAAAGGAUUCUCAGAAAGAAUGUCCUCGAACGGCAGAGCGGUUUGCGAAAGGAAGGGCUUUAGUUUGUGCGCAGUCAAAUGCUGCAGUUGAUGAGCUUGUGUCAAGGCUCAGUGAGGGAUUGUACGGUGCUGAUGGAAAGCUGUAUAAGCCUUACAUAGUGAGGGUUGGUAAUGCAAAGACGGUCCAUUCUAAUUCGUUGCCUUUCUUCAUUGACACACUUGUUGAGCAAAGAUUAUCAGAUCAGUUGAAGAUUAAUAAUGAUGGCAAAAAAUCAUCUGAUGCUGAAUCCUCAAGUUCACUUAGGUCUAAAUUGGAGAAGGUCGUGGACAGAAUUAGAUAUUAUGAGUCAAGGCGAAAACUAAUUGAGUCUGAUAAAAGUGAAGAUGGUUCUCCUGUACCUGAUGAAGAUGAGGUAGAUGAAGUUUCUGAUGAAGCACUUGGUGGAAAGCUUAACUUUUUGUAUGCACAGAAAAGGGUAGUUUCUGCAGAACUUGCCACUGCUCAUGCUCGUGAAAAGAAAAUAGCUGAUGAAAACAAGUUUCUAAAGCACAAGGUACGGAAGUCGAUUCUUGGAGAAGCAGAAAUAAUUGUGACUACACUUAGUGGGUGUGGAGGUGACAUUUAUGGAGUUUGCUCGGAAACUGCUUCAUCUAAUAAAUAUGGUACUUUUUCGGAGCAUGCUUUGUUUGAUAUUGUUGUUAUUGAUGAAGCUGCACAGGCCCUUGAGCCUGCAACCCUAAUUCCCCUUCAGGUUCUGAAAUCGAGAGGAACUAAAUGUAUUAUGGUUGGUGAUCCAAAGCAACUCCCUGCUACUGUGAUGUCUGGAUUGGCUAGCAAGUUUCUUUAUGAGUGCAGCAUGUUUGAACGCUUACAAAGAGCUGGUUACCCAGUGAUUAUGCUCACCAAACAGUAUCGCAUGCAUCCAGAGAUUAGCAGAUUUCCAUCUUUACAUUUCUAUGAAAAUAAACUGCUUGAUGGUGCUGAGGUGGCUGAUAAAUCGGCUUCAUUUCAUGUUCAUGAGUGUCUUGGUUCAUACAUGUUUUUUGAUAUUGCUGACGGUCGUGAACAUUGUGGAAGAAAUGCUGCUACACAGUCACUCUGUAAUGAGUUUGAAGCUGACGCAGCUCUUGAAAUAUUGUCAUUUCUAAAGAACAGAUAUCCAUUGGAGUUUGCCUCUAAGAAAAUAGGGAUCAUUACUCCGUAUAGAAGCCAGCUCUCUUUACUGCGUUCAAAGUUCACUUCCUCUUUUGGGCCUGAGAUUGUUGCUGAGAUGGAAAUAAACACUGUGGAUGGAUUUCAAGGUCGUGAAGUUGAUAUCUUGCUGUUGUCAACUGUUAGAGCCUCAAAUUCUUCAGGUGAUAGGCAUCACACUGGUGAAGCACGCAGCAUUGGGUUUGUUGCAGAUGUUAGACGUAUGAAUGUCGCACUAACACGCGCCAGGCUUUCUCUAUGGAUUGUUGGAAAUGCAAGAACUUUGCGGAUUAAUUCACACUGGGAUUCCUUAGUACGUGAUGCUGAAGAAAGGAAUCUGUUUGUCUCAAUUAAACGACCAUAUGGUUCGAUGUUUGAAAAGGGCCAACCUCAUUCCAGAGAUACUCAUAGAUAUCACACUAGUCAUCUUAAGCAGAAGGAUAACAAAAAAGCUGCUUUGAUGAGCUCAAAGAGAAUUGAUGCUCAACUCCAGGAGCAACCAACACAUGCUAUAAGGAAUGUAGAAAAAGAAAGUCUAUCAAAAGUACAAUCAAAAUGGACAUUAUUAUGGGACCAAAAGAUUCCUAGAGCUCAAGAGUCUGUUAUGAGAUCUAGUGAAGACAAGUCACAGAAGCAUAGUGGUAAUAUGAGAGUCACCAAGUGCUCACUGCAAGAAAACAUGGAUCAGCAUUCUGUUAUCAGAAAACAAAUGGAUGGUAAAAAAUUGGCUGUGCAUAAUGAUAAACAUCUGGAACUUUCUAAAGGCUUGGUUAAACGAGGUGAUGAGGGCUCUAGUGUCACAAGGAAGACGGAAUUGAAUAUUCCUGUGGAGCAGAAUCUUUGUAAGGAAACUAAUAAAGCUUCAACUGACCAAGAGUUGUUUCAGAAUUCAAAGGUGAGGACACAUAAUAAAAAGAGUACCAGCGAAAACAGCAAGAAAGAUGUUCCUCCACUGGCAGUUUCUGAUCUGCAGAAGUUGAUACGAAAGGCAAAAGGAGCAAGGAGGGUUUCUGAGAAACCUAGAUGUGAUAAUUCAAAUCAUGAAAUUUUGGAUCCAGCGAAUAAGAAUGAUGGUGCUUAUCCACCAACAGACCCUGAUAUGAAGAAAGCUAAUAAGGCCAGAGGAGCUAGGAAGUUUUCUGAGCAACCAAGACCUGGGAAUUUAACUCAAGUGGGUCCUGCACGUCCAUCUCAUUUUGAUGAAGCAAGUAGCCAUGUGCCAGAACUCAAGAAAAGCCGAUCCAGUAAGUUAAAUAGUCAAAAGAGAUUUGGUUGCAGAAAGGAAACGACAGCGUGA